AUGAGAUGGCUCAGUGGUCAGCGCGCGAAUUUACUGACCAGAAGAUCCGUGGCUCUAACCCUAUCUCUGUCUCUUGGCUUCUCCUGUGUAGGCUUGGGCAACCUGGCAGUAUCUCAGCCUUCGUGCUUCAUUCGGAUGGCAGGGCAGCUAGGCCUCAAAAUGAUGUGCCAUCGGUUCCAGUCUAUUCUGAAUGAAUCGGUAAAUGGUCCGUGGUUCGAAUCCGACCUCCGCCACUCGACUUCCCUGUCUAGGUUUGGGCAACCUGGCAGUAUCCCAGUCCUCGUGCUUCCUUCGGGUGGCAUGGCAGCUAGGCACCGGAAGGGUGCUGCAGCUGAACGAUUUCUUUUUCUUUUCUUUCGCCGAAAAUAA